AGCAGCCCUGCCUUGUGACGUCAUGUGCGUUAACCCUCGUGGAAGCACGUCGACGGAGAAAAGAAGGGAGCCGAACGCUAAUAAGUCAGUCUUGUUACUUUUUCUCCAGUUUUUAAAUAUUACCGUCGUAUAAAAUACAUAUUUGAGUCUUUAUUUAGGGAUAAGAUCGUCUCGGUGCGCGAGAAGCAUUUUGCCGCGUUUCGUGCUGACUUAGCUUAGCUCGCUAGUUAGCUUAGCUUGUUAGCUGCUAACAAAGACGCAGAAGUUGUCAACACAUCGCUAAGUAGAGAUUACGUGUGAGUGUCAAAGUGUUGGCAUUGUGUGAAAAUGAGUAAAUUACACAUGUUGAGAGAGUUGGUGGACCAGCGACUAACUGCUGCCGCCGAAGAAAUAUUUGUAGUGUUGGAAAGAACGAUAGCAGAAUACGAGGCGGAACUUUCUAGAAUAAAGGAGGAGAAUAAUCAACUACUGGACGCUGUCUUCAAGAAACAUCAAGUUGUGCUGCACAGAACAGACGUCGCUGAUGAACAUCUUGUCCACCUGCGGGAGGAAGAACCACCACCCUUGUGCAUAAAGGAGGAAGAAGAGGUACCACAGCCCCCGAACAUUAAAGAGGAAGUGGAGGAACACGGCAUCAGUCAGGAGGGAGAGCAUAUUGAAGGACGGGCGGAGUCCCCAGCGACUGGUGUCCCUGUGAAGGGUGAAGAUGACGAGGUCAAAGGUGAAAGUGAGGAGAAGAGGGAGGCGGAGCCUCCAACUCAACACAUGACAACAGAAGCUGAUGGAGACCACUGUGGAGGAUCACAAGCAGACAAGAUCUCAGCUCCACCAUCAGAUAGUGAGGGCACCACGCCACACUCUUCUAAAACUGAUGGUGAGGACACGUCUUACUCUCCUGACACUGAUGAUGAAGACUCUACAGACGACAAGACAUGGGACCCGGACAGCCCUCCCUGGAAAUGUCCUCACUGUGACAAAAGUUUUGGCCUCAAAACGUCCCUAAACAGACACAUGAAAAAUCACACCCAAGAGAAACCGUUCCCGUGUUUGGCGUGCAGUCAAGUAUUCAGCCUAAAAGCAGACCUGAUAAAACAUGCGAAAAUUCACACUCAAGAGAAACCUUCUUCUUGUUCAUUGUGCGGCGUACUUUUCACACGGAGCGAAAGCUUGAAAAGACACAUGAGAAGGCAUCCUGGAGUGAAACUAUUUUUCUGUUCUGUGUGUGGGGCGGGCUUUUCUAAAAAAGACAGUUUGAACAAGCACAUGACAACACACACUGGGGAAAAACCUUUUUCCUGCGCAACCUGCGGCAUGUGUUUUACAAGGAAGGACAGUUUGAAAGAUCACACAAGGAAACACACCGGGGAAAAACCUUUUGCCUGCUCAACCUGUGGCUUAUACUUUUCCCGGAGGAUCCAAAUGAUAGAGCACACCAGACUGCACACCGGUGAAAAACCUUUUUCCUGCGCAACCUGCGGCAUGCGUUUUACAAGGAAGGAUAGUUUGAAAGAUCACACAAGGAAACACACUGGGGAAAAACCUUUUUCCUGCUCUACCUGCGGCUUAUGUUUUACCAGAAGGCACCACUUGAAAUUGCACACCAGAACGCACACCGGAGAAAAGCCUUUUUCCUGUUCUGUGUGUGAUACCAAUUUCAGUCGAAGGGAUUGUUUGGAAAACCACAUGAGAACGCACACCGGAGAAAAAUCGUUCUCCUGUACAACGUGUGGUUUGAGUUUUACAAAGAAGAGUAGUUUGAAAUAUCACACGAGAAUACACACUGGGGGGAAAGUGCUGAGUUGCAGUGUGUGCGACGAAACAUUCUAUCACCAGAACCAACUCCACAAUCACCAGUGUGCUGGCAGUAAAAUAGAAAAGCGCACCGCGAACCUCCACCAGGAUCCGGAUGCUGAUCAGGACCAACACCGAAAUGUGAUCACUUGUUCCUUGACCAAUUUCUGACAUGUCCUGGCACUGAUAUUCAAGCAGACUUGAGUUUUAUUUUGUUAUAACUCAAACUGCCUACCUUACAGUCAAAGUUCCUUUUAGUUACUUUUCACUUUAAUAGCAAACUUGAAAAUAUGUAAAAUAGUCCUGCACCUGGCAGCUGCGGUCAAUCCUCCGGCAAUCGGCACACCUGAAGUUGAUCAGAGGUUCUGCCUUCAAAAGCCUGCACAACCUGCUUUUCCGGGUCAGAACGUAGUCUUCUGUUCAAGUACACUACCCCUUCGUUCCCAAAUUUCCAGCUGUGCGCCUCGUCUCAGCCCGCCUUUCCUCUGCUUCCCUGACUGCCUCUUGGAUCUCGACCUUCCGCUUGGACACGGACCUUCUUCGGCUCGCCAUACUUCCUGUCUGCUCACGGGCCUCCGAGCUAUGCCUUGUCCCUCCUGAUCUUCCGCCUCUUGCUCAACACUAUUGGUAACACUCAACAGCUAAUCUCCACACACAUAUAUAUAUAUAUAUAUAUAUAUAUAUAUAUAUAAAUACCUGUCCUGGUCAUGAAGUUAAAGUGCAUCCAGCAGUGGAGGCUCCUCUAUGGGGUCUUGGGGCACUAGGAGGUUAACCCCUUUACUACUGUUACCCCAGGUGGGCCUUGGCAAAGGCCUAGUACCUGAUUGCCCCCUAGCCAGUGAUACAGUGAAGACCUCAAUGGUGGAGCAGGCGAAAGACGGUAGAUGUAUGAACCACCAUACAACCCUGUGGAGCGUCACAACGGCUGGGGUGGCGGAUGAAAUCCGCAGCAGAAAAGGGUCCCCAGUCGCCUUAGACUCCAUGCCACUGGACCCUGACCUGGAUUUGUCAGGGAUCGUGUGGUGACCGUGUGCACACCAGUCUCCCCACGUCAAACAAAGUCCCGCUCAGGCAUCCUCCAUAAAGGGAUACCCGCCUACCAGGAGGACCGUCAUACUCACUUCAACUGACCACCGAUGAUGGUAUAUAAUACAUCAUAAAGUUAAAUACAA